AUGUUGUCCAUCCUCACUUCCGCUCUUCUCGCCGUCUCGGCCUCGCCUGUUGUCUUGGGUCGGGCUACGCCUGAGCAAAAGCACAAGCUGGUCGCCAGAAAGGAUUGGGAGAGUCCUACCUAUUCGUGGCUUUACCAAUUUCCUCUGCCUAUUCCUCCGGUCAAGACGCCCAAACUGACCGUUACCAACCUGGUGACUGGCAACCCCAUUCACUAUUACGAGGUCUACAUCAACCGGUUCACCCAACAAGUGUAUCCAAACAAGGGUCCCGCAACUCUUGUUGGUUACGACGGCAUCUCUCCCGGCCCGACCUUUAUCGUGGAGAGAGGUCAUGAGGCUGUUGUGCGCUUCGUCAACAAUGCCAGCAUCGAAAACUCGGUCCAUCUCCACGGGUCAUACUCUCGCGCUCCUUGGGAUGGUUGGGCAGAGGAUGUGACCAUGCCAGGCGAGUUCAAGGACUACUACUAUCCCAACCAACAGGCGGCCCGUUUCCUGUGGUACCACGAUCACGCAUUCAUGCAUACUGCUGAGAAUGCAUAUUUUGGCCAAGCUGGGGCCUACAUUAUUCAUGAUCCUGCUGAAGACGCCUUGAACCUUCCCUCAGGUUACGGUGUUCAUGAUAUUCCUCUGGUGCUCUCUUCCAAGCAGUACAACAACAAUGGCAGUCUGUUCACCACCAAUGGUGAGACGGACUCGCUCUUUGGCGAUGUUAUCCACGUCAACGGCCAGCCCUGGCCCUACUUCAACGUUGAGCCUCGCAAGUACCGCCUCCGCUUCCUCGACGCUGCCGUCUCACGCACCUUCAAGCUCUACUUCCAGCGUCAAACUGGCAGCUCAGCCAAGAUUCCUUUCCAAGUCAUUGCCACAGAUGCCGGCUUGAUGGCCUCACCAGCCACCACAAACGACCUUUACAUCAGCAUGGGAGAGCGGUACGAGGUUGUCUUUGACUUUUCGCCCUUUGCUGGCCAAAACAUCACCUUGCGCAACACGGACGACGUGGGCCAGGACGACGAUUACCUCCACACCAACAAGGUCAUGAGAUUCAUCGUUGGCAACACCCCAGUGACCGACACCAGCUCCAUUCCCAGCACUCUGGCUACUGUCGACUGGCCGACCUCUGAUGGAACCGGUGUGGACAGACACUUUAAGUUUGACCGCUCCAAUGGCGAGUGGCAGAUCAACGGAGUCGUCUUUGCCGAUGUCAACAACCGUGUGCUUGCCAAUGUCCCCCGCGGCAAGGUUGAAAUUUGGGAGCUCGAGAACGGCGGCGGCGGAUGGAGCCACCCAAUCCACAUUCACCUGGUCGACUUCAAAGUCUUGUGGCGCUCGAAUGACGAUGGCAGACCGGUCUACAACUACGAGGCCCAGGGUUUGAAGGAUGUUGUCUGGCUUGCGCCCAACGAGAUUGUCAGAGUGGAGGCCCACUACGCCCCAUGGGACGGAGUCUACAUGUUCCACUGCCACAACCUGAUUCACGAGGAUCACGACAUGAUGGCUGCCUUCAACGUCACUGCUCUGACUGACUUGGGAUACAACGAGACCGCGUUCCGUGACCCCAUGGAGGCCAGAUGGAGAGCCGAGCCGGUCACGGCUGCCAAGUUCACCACGGCUGCCAUCACCGAAAAGAUUCAGUUCAUGGCCGGACUGCAGCCCUACAACAAUGUCGAGGAAGUCUUGGAGGUUCUCGACGAGUACUGGGCCACGCACAGCAAGCGUGACGCCCAAGACCCUGCUCCCAAGACCAGAAGAAUGAGAAUUGAGGGCGGGAAGGUCAAAGAGGUCCGGUGA